GGAUUCUUUGUUUACGUCACGUCCGGCGGCGCGCGGUGAGGCUCUUCGGUUCCGGGAUUUGGCUUCCGUUUUGUCACCCAGGCAACCGGAGGAGGGAGAGCUGGGAGAGACUGCAUCCAGAUUAGAAAAUAUAAAAGCUGGAGCCUGCACCAGCCGCCAUGGACACACCAGACGCUUCAGAGCUGGAGCAGAUGGUGGUGGAUGAGCUAGGAAUUUCCAUGAAUGAGCUCCGUGAGUUCAUAGACAAGGAGGUGGAAAAGAUAGAAGUUGUGAAGCAGCGAAAAGCCCAACUGUUGGAGUUGGAACAGUGGGUAAAACAGAAAGAAGCAGAGGUAGAUCAAGUGGACAAGCUCUUUGACAAUGCUACCAGGGCUGUGGAUGAUUGUGAGAUGCUGGUGAAAACUUUGUACACUCAAAUAGGUCUAAAUUACAAAGAGAGUAGCUCUGAAGAUGAGGGCUCUGCAAGCAAACCAGUGGAAGUCAUAGAGAUCCCAGAUGAAGAUGAUGACGACGAUGUUCUUAGUGUUGGAUCAAGUGGAACCAUAACUAGGACCCCAAGAGAGAGGCAUUUGUUACUAGAAGCAAUGGCUGCCAUGAAGAGAUCUAAGGAAGAUGUCCAGAAGGCUGCAAAUGCACUACAAAAAAAAUCAGAUGGACCCCAGACUAGAUUUUCCUCUCAUCCCUCCUCCCCCACAAGCUCUGUUGCUGGAUCCAAUCAAGGUGUUAGUGUCACAAAUGACAUGAGUAAAGAUGGAGACCUUGUAGUGGGGAUGCGCAUUCUUGGCAAGAAGCGGACCAAGACUUGGCACAAGGGAACACUAAUCUCCAUCCAGUGUGUUGGCCCAGGAAAAAAAUAUAAAGUGAAGUUUGACAACAAAGGAAAGAGCUUGCUGUCCGGAAACCACAUUGCUUAUGACUGCCACCCUCCAGUGGAGAAACUUACUGUUGGGAGCAGAGUGGUGGCUAAGUAUAAGGAUGGGAAUCAAGUAUGGCUAUAUGCAGGAAUUGUAGCUGAACCGCCCAGCGGUAAAAAUAAAAUGAGGUUUCUCAUAUUUUUUGAUGAUGGAUAUGCUUCAUAUGUUACCCAGUCAGAGCUGUACCAUGUCUGCAGGCCAUUGCCCAAAACCUGGGAAGACAUUGAAGAUGUCUCGUGUAGGGAAUUUAUUGCUGAAUAUGUUGGUGCCUACCCAAAUAGGCCCAUGGUUCUGCUUAAGAAUGGCCAGCUGAUCAAGACAGAAUGGGAGGGGACUUGGUGGAAGUCUAAGGUGGAAGAAGUAGAUGGCAGCCUUGUGAAGAUUCUCUUCCUUGAUGAUAAACGUUGUGAGUGGAUAUAUCGUGGCUCCACUCGAUUGGAGCCUAUGUUUAGUAUGAAGACUUCCACAGCCUCCACUCAAGAGAAGAAGCAAGCUGGGCAGCAGAGGACACGUCCCAAUGUGGGUGCUGUUCGAAGUAAAGGGCCUGUAGUACAAUACACACAUGAUCUUACCGUAGAUGAAUCUCCGUACAAACCUGGUGAGCCAGCAUCACCUCCCACAGCCUCAUCACCCCAACUCAUUGACACUGAUUCAGAUAGUCAGCAAGCCCAGUCCAAGAAGCAGGUGGCAAAGAAAAGCACUUCAUUUCGUCCCGGAUCUAUUGGUUCUGGUCAGUCAUCUCCUGUUUUGACUGAGCCACCACCACCACCACCUCCUCCACCUCUUACCCCACGCCCUAUACAGCCAAGGCUUGUAAGCACUUUGGGUACUGUUGGAACACUGAGUACAGUCAAUGCUUUGGGAACCAUCAGCACAUUGGGUACAAUCAACACAAUAGGUACUGUGAAUCCUUUAACAGGCACCAUCAGUCUUGACAAGCCAUACCAGAUAAUAUCAAUUGACCGAUUACCUGCAGAAACAAACUACAAGGCGCCCAUGGAAAAGCUCUUCUAUCUCCCUCAUAUCUGCAGCUAUACAUGUCUGUCUCGCAUACGUCCAAUGAAUCAUCGGGGCAAAAAUCCCAUGCUGGUACCCCUGCUUUAUGACUUUCGUAGGAUGACAGCACGCCGCCGGGUAAACCGUAAAAUGGGAUUCCACGUACUUUACAAGUCACCUUGUGGAUUGAGCUUGCGAACAAUGCUAGAGAUUGAACGCUACAUAUUUGAAACAGACUGUGAUGCGCUGUUCCUGGAGAUGUUCUGCCUUGAUCCAUAUGUACUGGUGGAUCGCAAGUUCCAACCACAGAAGCCUUUCUACUACAUUCCAGAUAUCACCUAUGGCAGAGAGGAUGUGCCUCUCUCCUGUGUUAAUGAGAUAGAUAGAACACCACCUCCACAGGUUGCAUAUAGCAAAGAGAGGAUUCCAGGCAAGGGAGUCUUCAUCAACACUGGCUGGGAAUACCUAGUUGGCUGUGACUGCACGGAUGGUUGUAGAGACAGAUCCAAGUGUGCAUGUCACCAGUUAACAAUUCAGGCUACUGCUUGCACACCAGGUGCCCAGACAAUUACAUCAGCUGGCUACCAGCAUAAACGGCUGGAUGAAUGUCUUCCCACAGGAGUAUACGAAUGCAACAAACGGUGUAAAUGCAAUGUAAAUAUGUGCGUCAACCGCCUGGUUCAGCACGGGCUGCAAGUGCGUCUGCAACUCUUCAAGACUCAGAACAAGGGCUGGGGAAUCCGCUGCUUGGACGACAUAGCUAAGGGCUCUUUUGUCUGCAUAUAUGCAGGUAAAAUCCUGACAGAUGACUUUGCAGACAAGGAAGGCUUGGAGAUGGGGGAUGAAUACUUUGCCAAUCUUGAUCAUAUUGAGAGUGUGGAAAAUUUCAAGGAUGGUUACGAAAGUGAGGCUAAGUGCUCUUCAGAUAGCAGUGGGGUGGACCUCAAAGAAGAUGAAGAGGAAAACAGUGGCAGUGAAGAGCAGGAAGAAUCGAAUGAUAGCUCAGAUGACAACUUUGGAAAAAAUGAAGACAUUACAACAAGUUCAGUGUGGCGCAGUUAUGCAACUCGCCGGCAAACACGAGGCCAAAAGGAAAAUGGUACUUCAGAGACCGCCUCCAAGGACUCUGCUCUUGCAAGGCAAACAAGCCAAGAAGAAACAAAUGACUGCAAACUACCAGAGGAGACCACAAAAAAUAAAGUUGCAUCGUGGCUGAGUUCCAACACCAUGGCUGACUCAUUUAUGGACUCAGACAGCAGGUCUUCGCUGAGAAUGGUAGAGGGUACAGAAGUAAAGAAGGAUGAGCCAGGGAAGGAUAAUGAAGAUGCAAACAGAUUCCAAGGAUAUGGAGAAAAUCUAAGGACAUAUGGAUAUAAUCCUACCCCCACCAAACGAGAGGGCAUCCGAAGACCUGUUAGUAAAACAGCCUUACACCAGAUCAGGCGACAGUCAUCCGCUACAAAUGCUAAUGAUGAAGUUCUUACACUAUCCAGUACUUCAGAUAGUGAUGCUGGUAGUAACAAAAAGCCUCCUGCACAAGCCACGGCGAAUGACAGUGAUGAAAUCCAAACUAUCUCAUCGGGAUCUGAAAUAGAAGAAGAUAAAAAACGUAAACCUGCCAGUGUAGGGCCAGUUAAACGGCAAGUGGCAGUCAAAUCCACAAGAGGAUUUGCCUUGAAAUCCACUCAUGGCAUCACUAUCAAAUCCAACAUGGCAUCUGCUGACAAAGGGGAGAGUGGAGGACGCAGAAACACAAGGCAGUUCUUUGAUGGUGAAGAGUCCUGCUACAUUAUUGAUGCAAAACUAGAAGGAAACCUAGGUCGAUACUUGAAUCAUAGCUGCAGUCCUAACCUGUUUGUACAGAAUGUAUUUGUGGAUACACAUGAUCUACGAUUUCCCUGGGUUGCAUUUUUCGCAAGCAAGAGGAUAAGAGCCGGCACAGAAUUGACAUGGGAUUACAACUACGAAGUAGGAAGUGUUGAAGGGAAGAAACUUUUGUGCUGCUGCGGAUCCACUGAAUGCAGGGGCCGUCUCUUAUAAACAUGCUACUACUACUUGCAUCCUUUUCUGGUCCAUUUUUGGAGCUAAAGCAAUGGAGGAGAUAUAGGUCCUCAUUAUUUCAUUGCAGACUAACCUCCACAGAGUGCCGAUCACCCUAGUCUGUUAGGAAUAUCUUGACAUUGUUGUUUGAACAUCCCCAAUCACUUCCUGGACUCUAUUGUAAAACUAAAUUGUGAUAGUUGAAAGAUGAGCUAAAAUACCCUUCAUUGUCUUUAACUGUAGAAUUAGAAUUGUAUGUUUUGAAUUUUUUUGUAUAAAAAUAAAAAGCAGACUGUUUAUUUGCUUACGAUAUACUGGUCAAUACAUUACAUAGCAUUUAACUUGGCUAUGAAAGUAAUGAGGCAACUUAUUCAUCUCUUAUGUUACAAUAUGUACAUAUUGAUCAAAACUUGUUUGAAUGAUAACUGAUGUCAAGGGGUUGUGUUCUGUUGAUACAGCUAUGAUAUACAUCAAAAUACACAUUCCAUAUUAUAUUUAAGCACUGAUAGGUUAGUGUUUGCUUCUAUUUACCAGGUCUGUGCGCUUGUUUAAUAGUUUUUAAUGUCCAUGUACUCCUAGGUUAUACUUUGUCUUUUUCUCUUGCAAUCUGUAGUGACGGUACACAAAGGCAGGCUGUACUUACAGACAGAUGGUUAAUUCUGUCACAUACACAAUUACAGAAAAGCAGAAGCUACAAAUAGUUACACCCAAUGCUGCCAACUUUCUCACAACCCAGCUCCCUUAGCAGUCUGAUUUUUAUUUCUGCACAAAUGAGUGAGAUGGAAGCAAAAAGGUAAAGCAUUGUGAAGCUCUUCUCGUGUCCCUACUCCAAAUCACUGAUUGUACUUGAAACACUGAUAGUUAAAAUUUUCUAUGGGAAAUUGUGUGGAUAAACAACAAAUCUGUACAAA